CGCCUCUGAGUAGCCACUUCUGUGGAUCGCAGACGGGAAGAUCGGCGCUAGGACCUGGGGGAUAAGUAUGCCACAGAAGCAUUGCAGACAGAACGUUUGGGAGGUGUAGUGGAAGAAAGGCGAGAAAAACGGAGUAAAUGAGAGCACGUUUUGUCCAGAUUAUUGAAGGAUUUAUCAACUAAGUAAAUCACCGAAACAGCUCAUUAUAAUGCAACGGACACACUAUUGAAAUCCUGUCCAGGUAACUGGUGAAAAGACGGCCCCAGACUCCAGGCUCCUGCCCUGGCCUGAGCGAAGAACACUUGGGGACAGAGCUGUGUCUCUCCCUGUCACAACCCUGGACACACCAACCUGCACACCAACAUGACUGAUGUGGCGAUAGUGAAGGAGGGAUGGCUGCACAAAAGAGGAGAGUACAUUAAGACCUGGAGGCCUAGGUAUUUUCUACUCAAGACUGAUGGUACAUUCAUUGGCUACAAGGAACGGCCACAACAUGUUGAGGCACUUGAAACCCCUUUAAAUAACUUCUCAGUAGCACAGUGCCAGCUGAUGAAGACAGAGAGGCCCAAGCCCAACACAUUCAUCAUCCGCUGCCUGCAGUGGACCACUGUUAUCGAGCGCACCUUCCACGUGGAGACUCCCGAGGAGAGGGAAGAAUGGACGAAGGCCAUUGAGGCCGUAGCAGACGGUCUACAGAAAGAGGAGGAGGAGAUGAUGGACUCCUCCCCAGACCCAAUGGACAUGGAGAUGUACCUGACCAAACCCAGACUCAAAGUGACUAUGCACGACUUUGAAUACCUCAAACUCCUAGGAAAAGGCACUUUUGGCAAAGUGAUCCUGGUGAAGGAGAAGGCCACAGGACGCUACUAUGCCAUGAAAAUCCUGAAGAAGGAAGUAAUCGUAGCGAAAGAUGAAGUGGCACACACACUCACAGAAAACCGAGUGCUACAGAAUUCCAAGCAUCCGUUCUUGACGGGCCUGAAAUACUCCUUCCAGACUCAUGACCGGUUGUGUUUCGUCAUGGAGUAUGCGAACGGCGGAGAGCUGUUCUUUCACCUGUCCCGGGACCGGGUGUUCUCGGAGGAGCGGGCUCGGUUCUACGGGGCGGAGAUAGUGUCAGCACUGGACUACCUGCAUGCUGAGAGGAACGUGGUCUACAGAGAUCUGAAGCUGGAAAAUCUCAUGCUGGACAAAGACGGACACAUACAAAUCACUGACUUUGGACUGUGCAAGGAGGGGAUCACAGACGGGGCCACCAUGAAGACCUUCUGUGGGACGCCAGAGUACCUGGCCCCAGAGGUUCUGGAGGACAAUGACUACGGCCGGGCGGUGGACUGGUGGGGUCUGGGCGUGGUCAUGUACGAGAUGAUGUGUGGUCGGCUGCCCUUCUACAACCAGGACCACGAGAAGCUGUUUGAGCUCAUCCUCAUGGAGGACAUCCGUUUCCCACGCACCCUGGGCCCCGAGGGCAGGUCCCUGCUCUCAGGCCUGCUCAAGAAGGACCCCAAGCAGCGGUUAGGUGGUGGACAGAAUGAUGCUAAAGAGAUCAUGCAGCACAAAUUCUUUGCUGGGAUUGAAUGGCAAGAUGUUUAUGAGAAGAAGCUGGUCCCGCCCUUUAAGCCGCAGGUUACCUCAGAAACAGACACGCGGUAUUUUGACGAGGAGUUCACAGCACAGACCAUCACUAUUACACCGCCCGGACAAGAAGACAGCAUGGAGUUGUUUGACAGCGAACGGAGGCCCCACUUCCCACAGUUCUCCUACUCUGCGAGUGGGACAGCCUAAACUCCCCCUCUCAUUCCUCUGGUUCCAACAUUUCCCCUCACCUUACCAGACUGCACAUCCAACUACAUUCACCCCAUCCUUUUUUUUACUUCCAGUGUCGCAUAUAGUAUUGUUGAACAGACAUUUGCUAUCUGCAAGUUCGGUAAUUAUAGGGGAAAAUACUUCAUAGUACACAAAUGAAAAACUGGUUGUUUCUGUGGCUUCUUAAGACUUUUCUAAUGGUGAGAGAGAACACUACAGUGUUGCUUGUCUUGAUGAGUAGAGUCAGACAAGCUUGAUGUUCAUAAAACCACACUUUAUAGGAAAAGGGUGGCAAUGUGGUAUAUCAUUUUAGAAUGGUCAGGCUACACUUUCCUAAACUUCUAUCAGAACCUGUUAUUUGUCACACAUUAUUCACAAAGUGAACAUUUUACGGGACCAUAAGGAUUGUAUCGGAAUUAGCCAUGUAAAAUGAAAAUUGUCUUUUUGAUGUUCUUUGUUUAAGGCAAAGAUAUAUUGUGGACCAACAGCAACAACAAAAUAUGACCAAUGACUUAAUGUUCCAUGUAGUGGGAGGUUUAAUCAUAUUUAGAUAUUGUUAUCAGGACUUUCACAUUAUACUAAUCACUAUUUGACCAACACUUUGAAACCUGUUGUUCUGCCAUUGAAUGUACCUAAUCAAUAAAAUGUAUAAUUCUGCAUACCUAACUGUUGUAGAACAUGGUUGAUUCUCAUAGGACUUCCAUCCCUCAAAAGAACAUUCUUAUCUGUAUGUUAGAGCCCCAAAACAUUCUAGAACAAAGUGAGAACAUGGUCUAUGGACCUCUGUCAGAGCGCUCUGCUCCAUUAUCAGUCUAAUGACAAAUUGUGCAAUACAAUGGCAGACACUUAGAGAACUGAUUCUGGGAGCAGGCAUACAAUGUAAAUGUGUUAAAGCUUGCCGGCACUGAAUCUCAGAACCGUGUCUACACGGUCAAUUGGAUAUCCAUUUGCUGUUGUCCCAUUGAAAAGACAGUUACUCUAAUCUCUCUGGACUAUGUGCUUGGAUCAUGAUGCCUUCCUGUCUGAAUACUGUGUUUCAAACACUCUGGGCUGUUUCUUUCUGAACUGGCCAGUCAGGUACUGAUCCUUUCUGCCCAAUCAGGGAAUCUUCUGUCUCCUCUGGGUUUUUUCCUCCCAGUGUAUUCACUACCGCCUCAAUGAGGUCACUGUAACAACACAGUCCUUUAGGACUUACUCCAUAAACAAGCUGGGCUGUGGUUCAGGGGAAAACAAGUUGAGUCCGCUUUGAUCUCUAUAGGUAGGGAUCAGGGUACAUGGUUCUGAGUUAUUUAUAGAAAACGAGUUUGACUGUGCCAAUGAUAUGCAAUUUCCUGCCCCAAAACAUGUAUUUGUACUUGUUACACUUUAUAGUUGGAAAUGACUGAAUUAAUGUCAAUUCUGAAAGGUGUGAACUAUUAAAGGCUUGUUUGCGUAAUUAACCCCCCCUAUACAGAUUGCUGUAGAUAAACUGAGAAUCUUGGAAAUGCUUUUUGGGGAAACUGCACAGUGUUUCCAGGGGACUGAUAACUAUAAAGUUAAUGUUAUUGAAUGUAAAGGCAUUUAUAUUUUCACCUCAAUUCCUUUUUUCCCAAACAAUUGUUAGAUUGGAUUGUUACUUAUUCCUGUGCUGUCACCCUCUGAAAAUGGGGAAAUGCCUUUUAUACAUUUAUGUUUUUACAUUGUUUUUGUACCUGCCCUUUCCCAUUCCUGAAACGGAGGGCACCAGCUUUAGUAAACAAAUAAUAUAACCUUUGUACACUUUUUACUGUUUUGUUUCUUUCAAAUUUAUAUAAAAUAUCUUAACUAAA